AUGUCGGCCCCGCCAGACCCAACGAUCGAGCGCCACCGCCAGCGCCUCGAGGAGUCGCUCGCAAAGCUGCGCAAGGCGCUCAAGCACUGGCAGAUCCUGUCGGCCGAGUACGAGGCCUUCCGCGAGGAGCUGCAGGGACUGCCGGAGGGCGCGAGUCGUGAGGAUAUGCUGGCGGUGGGAUUAGAUUUCGGGGGCACGUUGGUGGAUGAGAAGGAAAUCAAGACCUUCCUCGGCGACAAAGUCGGCAAACGACGCACACUUGGCCAAGUCAUUGCCACAGUCGGCCACCGAAUCGACUAUGUACAAGAAAACGUCACCAAAGUCGAAAAGCAGCUCGAAAAGGGCGAGACCAAGCUCGCCUCGCUGCUCGUCGUCGCGGGCCCCGACCUCGUGAACGAGGAAGGUCUGCCCAUCAUGGACAUCCGCGAGGAGCUCGACGAGGACGAUAAUGUCGUUACUGCCACAAUCAACGGGAACGACCCCACGGCGCCCAUACAGCCCAUCGACACCGAGGGCCUCGAAAAGAUCGUGGACAUCGCCCAAGAAGACGCACCCCCGCCACCUACACCAGCACCCACAUCCGCCAAAGCCCCACAGCCACGAGAAAACAAGCCCAAGAAGCCCUCCCCCCUGCGCGAAGCCAUCUCCCAAGACACAAUCCCCACCCCCACACCCGCCCCCGCCCCCGCCCCCGCGCCACAGAAAAACCUCACCAACGCCGCCCUCUACGCCUGCGAGCCCCCGGACCUCAAACUCAUCUCCUCACAAUCCGAAGACGGCGGCGGCCACGUCCGCAUCAUCGACGACGCGCCCGAGGCCGCGCCGAAAGACUGGGUGCAGUCCGUCCCCGGCGAGUCCGAGGCCGACGCCGCCCUGCGCCGCGACAUGCUCAAGUACAACAUGCAGGAGAUCGGCGCCGUGGUGGCCGAGAUCAACCUCGACGAGGAGGGCGAGUACUACGGGUAUGAGGACAGCGACUUUGACGAUGACGACGACGACGAGGAGGAGGAGGAGGACGGGUAUGGCAGGGCGACGUAUAAGGUCAUUACCCCCGAGCUACAGAGGGAGAUGGAGGAGCUGCAGCGGCGGGUCGCGGCGCGGGCGGAGGCGGCAAGGAGUGGGGGGAAGGUGCCGGAGGAGGCUGUGGCGCCGGAGCCGGAGGUGGAAGAGGAGGAGGAGGAGGAAGAGGAGGAGCCAAAACCGGGGAAGAAGGGCGUCCGCCCCGCAGAGCUCCCGCCAUUCCCGACGCCGCCGUCGGCCGCCAACACAGAAGACGCCAUCCCGCUGCUGCUGGACCUGCUAGCCAUGGACGAGAUGCGCAAGGAGGAGCUCCGGAAGGAGGAGAUGCGCAAGGCCGGGAUCAAGAUUGCCGGCGAGACGCCCAAGACGCAGAAGCCGAGCAUCUUCAAGGCCGAGAAGAGCGCGCUGCCGGAGAAGACUGCAGCGCCACCGCUGCAGGAGCGCAUUGUGCCGGAGUCGGUUGUGGCAUCGUCGGUGUUGGAGCGCCCGCCGGGGCUGCCCAUAGCGGGGACGCCUGUAGAGCCACCGAGGGCAAGGAAGCCGUCGCGGUUUAUGGCGGCGAAGGCGGCUGGCGCUGGUACUGGUACUGGUGCGCUGGGGUCGAUAUUCAUGAACACGACGCCUACGAUAAACCCACCUGACGCUGAAGGAGAAGAAGAGGAUGAGAAGCCGGGCCAGCCUACGGUUUCAGACUUUAUCAAGGAGCGGGAACCGGACGCGAAUGCAGCGGUGGAGCCGCCGGAUGAGCUGGACCCCACGAUCCACAGACAGGAGGUGGCCACAGAGUUCCACCGCAUGCGCACAAAGAUGAUACAGCAGCAGGGCGGCUUCGUCGAGGGUGAGGAGGAGGGCGCAAUGGUGCCGCUGAACGAGGACGGCGAGAAGCGCAAGGUCAGCCGGUUCAAGGCCGCCCGGAUGAAGGCGGUGGGUCAAUGA